GGCGAGGUUUCAAGCUACCUUAACAAACAAGCAUGAUACUGUGUUUUGUUUUGUAAGGCGUUGCUGUCAAAAGUAUACAAACUUUGUUUUAAGUUCACAAGGACUGGUCAGCGUGUUUGACUGUCAGUUUGGUCUGAAGAGUUACCGCCCCCAAGGCGAGUUGGAUUGCUUGUGGCAGCUAUACGUUGUAGUGGUUAGGUUUUAUAGACGUAGAAUCAGAAAAGGGAAGAAAUUUUUACGACGAUUUUCAGUCAUGCCUACUCAAAACUCAGAAGUACCAGAUAUAAGAGUCAAAUUUGCAUACAAUGGAGAGAUCAUGAUCACUUACAUAAUACCUCAGAUCACUUUGGACCAGCUAACCCAGGAGAUACGAGACAUUUGCCGUUUUUCGCAGGACCAAGUGUUCACCAUGAAGUGGGUUGAUGAAGAAGGUGAUCCUUGCAUAAUUUCAACACAAAUGGAACUCGACGAGGCAAUACGCUUGUACGAGCUGAAUAAAGAUUCAGAGCUGACAGUUCAUGUUUUCCCCAAUGUGCCGCCCGCCCCUGGAAUGCCUUGUCAGGGAGAAGACAGGAGCAUCUACAGACGAGGAGCGAGACGAUGGCGGAAGCUCUAUCGGGUCAAUGGCCACAUUUUUCAGGCCAAGAGGUUCAACAGACGAGCGUUCUGUGCCUUCUGCCACGACCGCAUCUGGGGCCUGGGUCGCCAGGGCUACAAGUGCAUCCAGUGCAAGCUGUUGGUGCACAAGAAGUGCCACAAGCUGGUCCAGAAGCCGUGCAGCAACGAGCAGGUGGAACCCAUCGUGAAGGAGGAGCAGAAUGGCGAGACGCCCACCAUCAGCACACCUACUUCAGAACUUCUGCCGGACCUCAGGGAGUUCCCGGAACCUCCUUCGGACCUAACCUUGGAGUCUGUGCCUGUAGAAGAUCACACGAAAAAUGAGGAGGCCUUAGAGCAUGUUGGCUCGCAGCGCCAGUACUCUCUCAUAGACUUUGAACUGAUCCGUGUGAUUGGGCGUGGUAGCUACGCAAAGGUGCUCAUGGUGGAACUGAAGAAGACUCGGCGGAUAUACGCCAUGAAAGUGAUCAAGAAGGCAUUGGUCACUGACGAUGAGGACAUAGAUUGGGUGCAAACGGAAAAGCACGUGUUCGAGACUGCCUCCAACCACCCGUUCCUGGUCGGCCUGCACUCGUGCUUCCAAACACCGAGCCGCCUCUUCUUCGUGAUAGAGUUCGUGCGGGGCGGGGACCUCAUGUUCCACAUGCAGCGGCAGCGCCGGCUGCCCGAGGAGCACGCCAGGUUCUACGCCGCAGAGAUCAGCCUGGCCCUCAACUUCCUACACGACAAGGGUAUUAUCUACAGAGAUUUGAAACUGGACAAUGUUCUCCUCGACCACGAGGGCCACAUCAAGCUGACAGACUACGGGAUGUGCAAGGAGGGCAUCAGGCCGGGCGACACCACUUCCACGUUCUGCGGGACGCCCAACUACAUCGCGCCUGAAAUACUCCGUGGCGAGGACUAUGGUUUCAGUGUGGAUUGGUGGGCACUUGGUGUGCUUUUGUACGAGAUGCUUGCGGGGAGGAGUCCCUUCGACAUUGCGGGGGCGUCUGAAAACCCUGAUCAGAACACAGAAGACUACCUCUUCCAAGUUAUCCUAGAGAAGACUAUUCGUAUUCCUCGGUCGUUGUCUGUGAAGGCUGCAUCUGUUCUAAAAGGCUUCCUCAACAAAAACCCUGCGGAUAGGUUAGGAUGCCAUCGUGAGACUGGAUUCCUCGAUAUUGUUAACCAUCCCUUCUUCAAGAGCAUUGAUUGGGAAAUGCUGAACCAGAAACAAAUUAUCCCUCCUUACAUACCUCCCUUGGAGUCCGAGAUAGAUUUGGAAAAUUUUGAUCCCCAGUUCACAAUGGAGCCUGUCCAGCUCACGCCGGAUGAUACACGGGUGAUCGAGAAGAUCGACCAGUCGGAGUUCGAAGGCUUCGAGUACGUGAACCCGCUGCUGAUGUCGCUGGAGGACUGCGUGUGACGACCGGUGGACAUCGAGGAGUGGGGGGAGGGGGCGAUCCUCGCCCACGUGCUGUGCCUCCCCCUGCGCUAGCCCCGCCUCGUUCCUUCUCCGACACUCUCACUCUCUCUCACUCUCUCUCUCUUUCUCUCACUCGCUGUGCUGUACCGCCACGCGCACUUCGUCUGCUCAUCUGCCGGGGGGUCGCGAGCUACAGUGGAGUCUGUCAUGGGCAUUUCAUUUCGUUUCAUUUCGUUUCAUUUCACGCAUCUUUUCAAUAGUUCAUGUUGCGUUGUUGUUUUUUUUUUUUUUUUUACGUUUUCAAGUUUUUUAGGUUGAAUUUUCAUUCACCUUGAUAAAUUGUCGCGCACAAUGACUCACUUCACUCUCAUUCUAACCUCCUUAUACAUAUAUACAUACAUAUACUAUUUAUAUACAAAGAAACCUGCCAAGAAUGAGUUUCGUUCCAGAAAUAAGAUGAACUACCUUAGCCGAAAUUGAUCCGAUCAUCUAUCUGCAUGCCUCUUUCUGAAUCUUGCAACACUCCUACUUCUUACUUUAAGGCAGUGAAAAAAAUAUCUCUGUAGUUGAGUGUAUCAAAUGGUUCCCACUAACGAACGUUAGUUUUUUUUUAUUAUUAUUAUUCCGUGUGCGAAAAUUUGAAAUUUUGUUAACAUAGGCAUCACACUUUACGUAUAGCACAAGCAUCACACUAUGGUGUAAGUUUAGUAGUAUGGUGCGAUGCGUCACAGCCGUUAUUAUUGUAUAUGAAAAUACUUAGUGUCUAUAUUCAUGGUUUAGUGGACAUUGUCAAGUUCACUUUUUUUGUACAGUACUAUGCUUAAAGGAAUUUUCGCGUCAUGCAUAAUGCAUAUGCGUAAUUUGGCACUUACCUGCCACAUAAAAAAUGCAGAAAUUAGAUCUGUUUAAUAACUUGUAAAACCAUUUUCUGCUUUUUAAACUACAGCUUACAGUAUGUACUUAAGAAUAAAAAUUGAAUACAUACAUUGAUAAAAAUCAUACAAAUUGAAAAUAGUAAAACUAAAAUAUAUAUAUAGAAUGUACCAUCUUGACAGUUAAGGUUUUUAAUCUUAUUUCUUGCAAGCCACUGUGUGGUAUGGCUUAUAAGUGGCCUAAUAAGUAUUUUAAAAACCUAAUUAUUGCUUAGUUGUGUUAUGGUUGUACCAUGUGGCAUUUCAAAAUAUGAUUUAAUAUAGAACUGAUACUGUGUAAUUAUAAUUGCUUAUAGAGUUGUGUGUGAACUAUGCAUGCUCAUCUGUGAGCCACAAGUUGACUUCCAUUGAAUGGUAAGUUUGGCUGAGACAGUGUGAAUGAAUUCUAAUGUUAUUUUUAAUUAAGCCAUUCCAUUGUUUGUUAAAAGUUAUUAUAAAAGAUGUUUUAAAAAUGUUUUAUGGCAAGUAUUACUCAUGUUAUGACAAUGUGUCAUUGAUUGUAGCUUACGUGUAUGGUAAUGACUGUUUUUUAUUCUAUGGUAUGUUAUUUUUAUGUCAGUUUUGUGAUCAUUUUAUAUACAAUAUACUGUUGUAAAGUAUGUCACACACUAACACCUAGAAGUAUUUCACCACACAAGCUUUAUGUGAUUCAAAGUGCAUUGAUUGUUUUUUGUAGCUGUAAGUAAGUAAUUGUUACACUGUUGAUAAACUGGAUAGGUAGAAAAAUAUAAAAUUUAGUACAACAGAAAAAUAGUAGAACACAUGAAGAGCGUUUAACUGUUAUUAAUGAUUUCCCCCUGGUCUUCAAAGCCUCUCGUGUUGAAUUUAAAUAGCAAAUAGCAUAUUUUCUAUUGCAGUAAAGUAGACCUUUGUUUAAAACAGGUAUUAUUUUUUGUAAAUUAUAUUUUUAUAACUGCCCAAUUCAGAUGAAAAUUGGAACAUUUAUGUACAUAAUUUGUUCAUUGACAUUCCAUAUCAACAUUUUGUUUUUCACUAACGUUUACAUUCCGUACAUCAUCUUAUUUAUUUCAAAGUCAGGCAUUGCUGUACAGCCAUAAUGAUAACUGCUGGACCAAACUGCCUUUGUGUCAUAGAAAAAUCAUUUAUUAUUAUUUGUGUAUAAAAGUGCUUUUUUAUAAUUUGUCUAAAGCAUUGCUGUAUAUUUUGAUAUUCUUUGUUGUAAAUGUUUUGGGAAUCCAUAUCAGCUGAAUUUUUUUUUAUUAUAAUGAUUUAUUUCUUUGAAAUAAUAGAUGUACUAUUCCAUUUUUGAGCUUUCUUUGUGUUUUUCACAGAUUUUUCAUUAUAUUGUCUUAUUUAAUUGUAUAUUUAAUUUCAUGAAUUUUUUAAUUUGACUUUGAUUAUAAGAAUACAUGUGUGCCUAAUAAAAGGAUAUAAUUAAAAUGAGUUUUUUUUUUUCAUUUCUGCAUAAAAAAAAUUACAUGGCAUGGUUUUGUAUUUUACACUAUUUGUAAAAUGAAACUAAAUUUUUUUGGAACAGGGCCUUAAAAACUUAUUUUAUUUGUCUCCACUAAUUAUAUCACUUAAGGAGGUGAGUCUUGUCAAAAUGCAUUUCAAACAUCAUAACCGUUGCAUUAGCAAUAUGCAGGAUGAACUAGCAGUCAAAUAUAAUGGAGGCCCGGCAUUGGCAGGAAACUAGUGUAGGGAACCAUGGCAGAUUUUUUUUUAGAAUAAUAUAUUUUAUUAAGUUUAAUACCUAUCCGUUGGACUAAUUCACAAGCAGGAAGUAAUAAUAUAGCACUAUAUUAAAAACAUUUUAUUUUUUACCAUCGUACUACUUAUCUGAAAUAUUUUCAUUUUGUUUAAUCAAUUUAUUAACAAUACUGAAAUAACCCUUCAAAUUGUUUUAUGUAGCAUAUGUAAAAUUGUGUUUUUUUUUAUACCUCAACAGUAUAUCUAAAUUUUUAUUUUUACUCAUAGGUGAUGUGUUGCAAAUACCUUCUCAAAAUGAACGUGAACUAAAUAUUUGCAACGUAUGGGUACAAUUCCAAAACUAAUGAGGGGAAAAUUUUUUUCCCGCAGCUGUUAGCAAAGAACGUGUGUUAACAUCUGAGGAGCUUCAUGAAGAAUUUUUUGGUUCAGUACACUACUUGACUCUAAAAUGCAUAUUAAUACGCUAUGUAACAACAAAAUGUAAAAGCCAUAUGUUAUCCUAAUUAAAAAUCAAAUAUCUCAAUAAAAUGGAUAAAAAGUACAAAUUUUCUUAAAAGCAACUAAAAUGACAACACUCAGCACAAAAUUUUAUUAACAUCCGCCAGCAUUUUUAACUAGCGCUUGCUCAUAAAAUUGCAUAGUAUGAUUAUCCAUUUUGUAUUCGACUACACAAUAAAAUUAUUUCCAAAGCUAAUCAACAUGAAGUUAAGAUACUGUGUAUUUAUAAAAAAAACAUACCUUGAAUACUACAAACUCCGAUUUACCAAUUUAUAAAAUUCUAAUCAUAAGAAGUUUAAUAUAAGAAACUUUACUGAUGUCUGUAAAGAGUCACGUAGUUCUUUUCUUUCAUAUUUUUUCCAAAUAUAUGUACAUUGCUUAGGGGGUGAAAAUGAGUAAGUUCCUAAUGAGAUUAUCAAAAGCAGAAAGUAAUAAAUUUCGCAAAAAUUACAUGCAUAAAAAUUUACGUAACAUAUUUUAUUCUCUGAUUUGUUUUGAUUCCACCUCAUAGUAUUUAAAAUGUUCAAAAUUUAACUUCAUGUGGAAAAUUCGUAACUACGGCUUUAUUAAACUGGAUGCUAUGAAACUAGGCAUGGUCAGCACACACUCACAAAAUUUUCUGUUUUAUUUUUUUUACCAUUUUCUGGUUUUUUUUUUAGUGUUUAAAGGGUGUUUGUUGGUUUUAUAAAAGCUUUAAUUAUAUAGGGAUUCGCUAAAGCAGGAGGUAACUGAAAAUGAAUGAAAUAUUAUUUAUUUAUUAAUUGUCACAUGCCCACCAACAGCCGAGGGGAUUUAGCAGUGGGUACGACACUCUCCUUUGUCGUUACCGAGAGCAGGCAAGCUCUAAAACACUACCUGAAGGGAAUCUUCAACAGGUAGGCACAUCCACAAAUGGCCAACACACGUAAGGUGAGUGAACCUCUCACUUGAAUUGACCAAAAAAUACAUAUAAACAGUUAGAACAAACACACACAUCAAACCCAAUAACGCAAAAUAAAUACAAAACACAACAUGACAGAAUAGUUGACA